UUAUCCAUCAGAACGAGCUUAGACAUUAUCGUGACAACAAUACAGCCAUGGCUAGGCUAAUUUCAUUAGUGAUACUUAUUGCUUGUGCUUUUGUUAGUGACGAAGGAGCUCGGAUACUUGCAGUGUUCCCUACGCCAUCAAUAAGCCAUCAAGUGGUGUUUCGAACGCUGACAUUGGAGUUAGUCAACCGAGGUCAUGAAGUAAUUGUUCUGACAACAGACCCAAUUUUCAAAGAUGGAGGGUCACCAAAGAAUUUGCUCGAAAUUGAUGCUCACGACGUUUCUUACGAUUCUUGGUCAGUAUUUACUUCAUCAAACCUUACAACAGGCAAUAAAAAGGAUACGCGCGCCCAAUCGAGGUUAAUCCUAACGUUGUUGAUGUCGCUAUUUGAAAAACAGAUGCAAUUGGACGAUAUGAAACAACUUUUAAUGGAUAAGUCGCAGAAAUUUGAUUUGCUGAUACUCGAAGCAUACUUCUGGCCAUUGUUAGGGCUUACGCACGUAUUUAAAGCACCAGUGAUACAGGUCAGUUCAUUUGGAUCGACUGAUGAUAAUUUGAAAACCUUUGGUGCAGUAAUCCAUCCUUUUCUUUACCCAACGUGUGGGAUUCAGAGAGUCAAUAAUCUGACAUUUUGGGAGAAGGUAUCAAAUAUUUACAAUGCUUACAUCACAGAAAGAAAUCUUGCUAAAUUAUAUGAAAUAUCCAAUGAAAUGCUUAAAAGAGUGUUUGGUGAGAGUGUCCCAUCGAUUGAUGACCUGAGAAAUAAUGUUGAUUUAUUGUUAUUAAAUAUCCAUCCGAUAUGGGAAAGAAAUCGUCCGGUUCCACCAAACGUCAUCUUCAUGGGAGGUGUUCAUCAGAAACCAGAAAAGGAAUUAACUCAGGAUCUCAAAAAAUAUUUAGACGCAUCUGAAAAUGGUGUCAUAUACAUCAGCUUUGGAACCAACGUAGAUCCAGCUUCGUUACCUCCAGAAAAAAUUCAAUCAAUGAUUGCUGCAGUUUCUAAGUCACCCUACGAUGUGCUAUGGAAGUGGAAUCAUGAUGAAUUGCCGGGAAGAACUUCCAAUAUAAAAAUUUCAAAAUGGUUUCCACAGUCGGACCUUUUACGUCAUCCAAAAGUAAAACUAUUCAUCACACAAGGAGGUCUACAAUCAACUGACGAAGCCAUAACAGCUGGUGUACCUUUGAUCGGCAUCCCCAUGUUUGGAGACCAGUGGUUUAAUAUAGAACAAUAUGAGUACCAUAACAUUGGCAUCAAAAUUGACAUGGACACCAUUUCAGAAGAAAAACUGAGAAACGCUAUCGAAACUAUUAUGAAAGAUAAAAGUUACUACGAUAACAUAGCGCGUCUCCGAACCUUAAUGUACGACCAGCCCCAGAGUCCACUAGAGCGUGCAAUGUGGUGGACAGAGCACGUGAUCCGCCACUCCGGCGCACGACACUUACGCACAGCGGCAGCCAACAUGUCCUGGCAACAAUACUUAGAAAUAGAACUAGUUAUUUAUGUAAUUUUAGGCUUCAUAACUGUGAUAUUAAGCAUCAUUUUUGCAUGCUACCUUUUAUACAGAACUGUGAUUAGACUGAGCAAAAGUACUAAGUUGAAAAGAACCUAUCAAGUUUGUUGUGUGAUUAGCAUGACCAGUUUUCGGCACGUAUUUACUAUCGCGUGCUUCAUAGCUCACAAUGAAGCGUCGCGAAUACUUGCGGUGUUUCCGACGCCGUCAAUUAGCCAUCAAGUAGUGUUUCGGCCUCUCGUAGAAGAGCUAGUGAAAAGAGGUCACGAAGUGGUUGUUGUAACUACUGAUCCAGUGUACAAAAAUGGUGGAGCACCAACAAAUUUGACAGAAAUUGAUGUACACGACCUGUCUUAUGGAAUUUGGAGGACAGAAUUUCUACAGGCAAGCGUAGCGUCAGGUAGCAAAGAAGAACUGUCGGGGCAAGUCAGUAUGUCAUUGAAAACAAUGAUGAAAGUUUUUGAGGAACAGAUGUUGACGACCGAAUUCCAAAAGCUGUUGAAAUAUAAAUCACAGAAGUUUGAUCUGCUGUUACUGGAAGCUUUUUUCACGCCAUUGCUUGCUUUGUCGCAUGUGUUCAAAGCACCUGUGAUACAAGUCAGUUCUCUUGGAAAUACGGAGGACAAUCUGCACAUGGUGGGGGCAGUGUCUCAUCCCAUUUUGUACCCGACUGCUAUGCAACAGACUUUGAACCACAUCAGCCUGUUCGAAAAACUGUCUGAAAUAUACCAUUACUAUGAUACCUUGGCUAUAUUAGCUGCAGUUGAAAAAUUUUAUGAUGAAAGAAUUGCUGCAGUAUUUGGAACAGAAACCCCUCCUUUGACAGAAUUAAAGAACAAUGUGGACAUGUUAUUUGUGAAUAUUCAUCCGAUUUGGGAAAACAACCGACCGGUUCCACCGAAUGUAAUCUAUAUGGGAGGAUUGCAUCAAAAACCCGAAAAGGAAUUACCUCAAGAUCUCAAAAACUAUUUGGACUCAUCUAAGAAUGGUGUUAUAUACAUUAGUUUUGGAACCAACGUAGAUCCAGCUCUGUUACCUCCGGAAAAAAUACAGACGAUGAUCAACGUACUUUCUAAACUACCCUACGAUAUCUUGUGGAAGUGGAAUCAAGAUGAGCUGCCUGGGAGAACUCCUAAUAUCAGGAUUUCAAAAUGGUUGCCUCAAAGCGAUCUUUUACGUCACCCAAAAGUAAAAUUGUUCAUCACACAAGGAGGUCUGCAAUCUACGGAUGAGGCCAUCACUGCUGGAGUGCCUUUAAUUGGAAUGCCAAUGUUAGGAGACCAAUGGUUUAAUGUGGAACAAUAUGUGCACUAUAAUAUUGGUAUCAGAGUCGAUAUGGAUACAGUAUCGGAAGAUAAACUAAGCAGUGCUAUCCAAACAAUCUUGAAAGAUAAUAAAAGCUAUCGUCAAAACAUCGUGCAUCUCCGAAGUAUAAUGCGCGACCAGCCCCAAAGCCCAUUAGAGCGCGCGGUGUGGUGGACAGAACACGUGCUUAGACACUCCGGCGCACGUCACUUACGCGCGGCGGCUGCCAAUUUGCCUUUGUAUCAAUACUUAGAACUAGAACUAGUCACUUAUGUAGUUUUAGCUUUGUUGACUGUGGUCACUUUGACCCUUGUGACCCUUUAUUCUUUGUAUAGUUUAGUCAGUAAAAAGUUUGUGAGACAGAAAGUGAAAAGUAGCUAGUGGUAGGUACCUAGUUAAAUACAAUUUUAGUUAUAGUGUAGAAAAUUCUAAAAACGUUGGUAGAUAAUGACUAUAAAUAAGAAUCUUUUAAAGCUUGUUCACCUAGUCACUCAUUCUUCUUUACUUUAUUUAUUUAUUUGUUUAUUUAUUUUAUUGGGCUAUCAACAUGAGAUACAGCUAUAACAUACUUUACCCUUCAAUUUGAGAUCGUCAUCGAAAAAAUUGACAGUGAUCAUCAUUGACAAAUAAAUUUUGGACACGACAGUUCACAAUUUCCUAUCAGUUCUAAGAAAAUCUAUUACAUUUAAUA